CGGGCGCGGCCCCGCUGCGGCCGUUGCUGGGUCCCGGCCGUGCUGACUCCGCCUCUGGGCGGUCGGGCCUCCGCGAGUAGGGGGUGGGCUUCGGAGUCUGCGGGGCCAGCCAAGGGUGUCUGGUUCCCGGCCCACUCCCCGAGCGGCGCCCCAGUCGGGGUCGAGCCUCGCCCGCGACAGGCCCUGCCUGCGGACCGCCCUGGGGACGGCGUCUGGGAGCCCCGAGGGGCUGGCGGGACCCGGGUCCCGGGCCAUGCGGCAGCCGCCCCUGCCCCUCCGCGACCACCCCCGGCCCAAGCGGGAGCCGCAGCGAAGUUUCUGCUCCUCGCUGCGCCGGCGACCCCGGACCCGGCACCCCUGACCCCUCGCCCUGCCUGCGGCCCCGCGCCGAGGCCUCCCCUGGGAGGGCCCGUCCAUGCCGUCCAAGGCGGAGAGCCUGCGGCCUUCGGAGCCGGCCCCGCAGCCGCCGGAAGGGAGGACGCUCCAAGGACAGCUCCCCGGCGCUCCGCUGGCCCCGCGCGCGGGGUCCCCACCCGAUGCUCCGGGCUCCGAGAGCCCGGCGCUCGCCUGCAGCACUCCGGCCACGCCCAGCGGCGAGGACCCGCCAGCCCGGGCAGCACCCGUCACCCCGCGGCCCCCUGCCAGGCCUCGGCUGGAGCGAGCCCUGUCCCUGGACGACAAGGGCUGGAGGAGGAGGCGUUUUCGAGGCAGCCAGGAAGACCUGGAAGCCCGGAAUGGGACCAGUCCCUCCAGGCGCUCAGUGCAGAGCGAGGGUCCCGGGGCCCCCGCCCACAGCUGCUCCCCGCCCUGCCUGAGCACCUCCUUGCAGGAAAUCCCCAAGUCCCGAGGGGUCCUGGGCAGUGAGAGAGGGAGCCCGUCCUCGGGGGGUAACCCUCUCUCUGGGGUGGCCAGCAGCUCCCCGAACCUGCUGCACAGAGACGCCGCCGUGGUAGGGAGCUCGUCCAGGCUGCCCAGCCUGCUGCCCCCGCGCCCGCCGCCUGCCCUGAGCUUGGACAUCGCCUCCGACUCCCUGAGGACAGCAAACAAGGUCGACUCGGAUCUUGCAGACUACAGGCUCCGCGCGCAGCCGCUCCUGGUGCGGGCCCACAGCAGCCUGGUCCCCGGCCGGCCCCGGAGCCCCCUGGCCUGCGACGACUGUUCCCUUCGAUCGGCCAAAUCCUCCUUCAGCCUCCUGGCGCCCAUCCGCAGCAAGGACGUCCGCAGCAGGAGUUACCUGGAGGGCAGCCUCCUGGCCAGCGGGGCCCUGCUGGGGGCAGACGAGCUGGCCCGCUACUUCCCAGACCGGAACGUGGCACUCUUCGUGGCCACCUGGAACAUGCAGGGCCAGAAGGAGCUCCCGCCCAGCCUGGACGAGUUCCUGCUCCCAGCCGAGGCCGACUAUGCCCAGGACCUGUACGUCAUCGGGGUCCAGGAGGGUUGCUCUGACAGGCGGGAGUGGGAGACUCGUCUGCAGGAGACGCUGGGCCCGCACUAUGUGCUGCUGUCCUCUGCGGCCCACGGCGUGCUCUACAUGUCGCUCUUCAUCCGCAGGGACCUCAUCUGGUUCUGCUCAGAGGUGGAGUGCUCCACGGUGACCACACGCAUCGUGUCUCAGAUCAAGACCAAGGGGGCCUUGGGCGUCAGCUUCACCUUUUUUGGCACCUCCUUCCUCUUCAUCACGUCCCACUUCACCUCGGGCGACGGGAAGGUGGCGGAGCGGCUGCUGGACUACACCAGGACCAUACAAGCCCUGGCCCUGCCCAGAAACGUGCCCGACACCAACCCCUAUCGCUCCAGCGCAGCGGACGUCACCACCCGCUUCGAUGAGGUGUUCUGGUUUGGAGACUUCAACUUCCGCCUGAGCGGCGGGCGCACGGCCGUGGACACCCUCCUGUGCCAGGGCCUGGUGGUGGACGUGCCGGCGCUGCUGCAGCAUGACCAGCUCAUCCAGGAGAUGCGGAAAGGGUCCAUUUUCAAGGGCUUCCAGGAGCCGGACAUCCACUUCCUCCCAUCAUACAAGUUUGACAUCGGGAAGGACACGUACGACAGCACCUCCAAGCAGAGGACGCCCUCAUACACGGACCGCGUCUUGUACAGAAGCCGCCACAAGGGUGACAUCUGUCCUGUGAUCUACUCCUCCUGCCCCGGGAUCAAGACCUCCGACCACCGCCCUGUGUAUGGCCUCUUCCGGGUGAAAGUGAGGCCGGGGCGAGACAACAUUCCGUUGGCAGCUGGCAAAUUUGAUAGAGAACUAUACUUACUAGGAAUUAAAAGACGGAUUUCGAAGGAGAUGCAGAGGCAGCAAGCACUGCAGAGUCAGAACUCCAGCACCAUCUGCUCCGUUUCUUGAAGUCUGCUGAGCGCGGACCCACAGCUGCAACAUGGGGUGACUGUAUUUGAUCAAAACCCAUCGGGAAGGACGAAGAGUUUGCCGCCUUUUGUGGAUCUGAGGGACUGUGGUGCCCGUGCCGCUGUGCCAGCGUCCCAGGAAGCAACCACCCCUAAGUGAGCCUGUCCUUCUCCACGGCAGGUCCACACGGCAUGGGUGGGCAGGGCGUGGACCCGCCGCAGCACCACAGACCCCAGCCACUCCCGGGGGCAGACGUCAGAAUCCGGUCCUGAGCAGCUCCCGUGCCCUGGGGGCAGUCACAGAGCACCCACGCCCCACCCCACCCCCGCGUGCUCUGCGCCAGCCUCUCCCUCCACACCCGGAGCAGGCGUCCAUCUGUGUCCUCCUGGCAGCCCCUCAAACACACACCACCCCAUGUCACACAGGUGUCCAGAGCAAGGCUGGACCUGGGCUAGGUGACCCCUGGGGCCUCAGACCUCUGAGUGGGCCCCAGAGCCCAGCUGAGGAAGCCACACAGCCUCCAGGACGCGGUGCGGUUCCCCUCCGCUGGGCUGCAGGUCGCCUGCCGUGGGGCAAAGAGGCCCGCACCCCAGCAUAUGGGCCUCCCCGGCUGAGUGAGAAGCCGCCUUCCCUCUCCUCUCAUCGGCCAAGCCUGUUGCUAUGAAACCUUCUCAUGGUUUUGGUGACGUAGACUGCUUGCUUCUGUAACUCCAGCCACAGAAUGACAUUAGUGGAGCCUGGCUGGGGAACUGCUGGAAGCUUAGGAUGCCACCACCUUGAACACCUAGGCCAGGGAUUGCCACCAGGUCCCAGGUUUCUUUCUUGGAGAGUUUAGAACCGUUCACUCUUGCUUUGUGUCCCAUUCCAUCUCUUGAAAAAAUGUAGUCUUUGAAUGUGUGACAAUCUAGGGACAUUCAAUUUAGUCUUUUAAAUUAUUUAUUUUUCCAUAUUUAUAUUUUUAAAUAAAUGCAUAUAUUGAGUCUUAAACUCUC